ACCCAGCAAGGCUGUUUUAACAGAGAAAUCAUGGAGUUAAAUGCUGGAUAACAAGCAGAAGGAGCUGUUGCAGAUAAGGACAAGCGAAGCCGAGGAUGUGAAAUCGUGUCUGCUGCUGAAUGUACAGGAACUGGAUUGGGAAAUCCCACUGCUGCUGCAGUGAACAGGAAUCAGAUGGUUACCUGCCCCUCCAGCUCCUUGGUGAGCCCCAAACGUUCUGAGGGUCUCAAAUCCACUGUUGGUAGAUGACCUUUGGCAGCGCAGCAUGAGCAGCGGGUACAGUAGUCUGGAUGAAGAGCUCGAGGAUUUUUUUUUCACAGCCAAGACCACCUUCUUCAAGAGUGCACAGAGCAAAGCCCCUGGCAAGAAUGUAACAAAAGCAGCAGCAGAAGAAAAACCCAAAGCUCCCACUACCCAGGAGAUUGAACAGAUAAUCAACAGUUACAAUGCCAAGGUUACAAACUGCUUCGUGAUGAAGCUGAAUGAGGAUGGCACUUACACGGGCUUCAUUAAAGUGCACUUGAAACUGCGCCGGCCUGUGACGGUGCCAGCAGGGAUUCGGCCACAGUCUAUCUACGAUGCCCUCAAGGAGGUGAAUCUGGCUGAUAUGACGGACAAGAGAACAUCCUUCUACUUGCCGCUGGAUGCCGUCAAACAGCUGCACAUCAGCAGCACGACCACCGUCAGCGAGGUGAUCCAGGGGCUCCUCAAGAAGUUCAUGGUGGUGGACAACCCUCAGAAGUUUGCACUUUUCAAGUCGAUGCAGAGAGAUGGGCAAGUUCUCUUCCAGAAGCUCUCUCUAACAGAAUACCCCUUGUAUCUCCGGCUGCUGGCUGGACCUGACACAGAUGUUCUCAGUUUUGUGCUGAAGGAAAAUGAAACAGGGGAAGUUGAGUGGGAUGCAUUCUCUAUCCCAGAGCUACAAAAUUUCUUAAUGAUACUGGACAGAGAGGAAAAAGACAAAAUUCAGCAAGUACAAAAGAAGUACAGCAAGUUUAAACAAAGACUGGAGGAGACUUUGAAAGAAGCAGGAGGAAAACCUGGAUAACCAAACACAAAGCACAUAUAGUACCAGACUAAACUAGAUAUUUUUUAAAAGAAGAGACUUCUCAGGACACCUCAGAUUUGUCUGUCCCUUUCUCCCUGUUCCUCUGUCUGAGGAAUGACGCGCCCCACAAAGAGACAAGCGUUGCAUUUCUUUUCCCUCAGACAUUAUCGCUGGAUCACAGCCCGUCAGUAAAGAAUGGAAAGCCUCGAUUUAAAUCUGCAGGCCCUUGAUAAACCAAAUAGAGUUGCUGCUUAGCUUUCAGUUGUCGCAUUGAGUCGCCGAGCAGAGAAACUUCAUGGCAACGGCUGAAUGUUAAAUAAAUAGGAAUAUCUACUGGGUUAUUGUGUUGGGCAGGAUAGAACUGCAUUUCUUUCACCCUCCUCCCACCAACUUGCCUGCUGGCUUUGUUUUAAGAUGCUGCGGCUGCCUUGCGUGUGACUGUGUUGUGUAGUUCCGUCAUUUCAUAAGUUAGGUGGCGCCACAGGAAGCAGCAGAUAAAGCAACAGGGGUUGGUUGCACCAGAUCAUGUGCACGUUGCAGCUCUCGUUGAUGCCAAAACAGAUUGUUGCACAAUUCUAAGAUAUCUACUGAAACAUAAGUCAGAUGCCAAGAAGGCUCCAAGUCCACCGUAGUCUUUCCAGUAGGUUUUAUUGGGAUUUUAGAUAACCUUCAUUCUAGGGAAUUUUUUUUAAAAGAUAAAGUAGGCUGAGUGUGAAAGUAGGAUUAUUUGGUCAGCCAGUCUCCGCAUGGGAGCAAAUGUUCCCUAAUGCUGAAUGCGGCUAUUCUGUGUAUUGCCAGUUUCCUACUCAGGGACCAAUGUUUUACAGAUUUACUCUUUUUACAUGCAAGAUGGUUGAAGUGGGAACAUGGAUGAUGGCUCAGUUCAGAACCCUUCAAAACUGGAGCACAAUCUCCAGCCAUGCAGAAGAACAGCAACUGCCCAGCCUCCUGCAGCUUGUCUCCCCUUAUCCUCUCACCUCUUG